CUGUGCUUCGUGGUGAUCCUGGGCGCCACCCACAAGAUCCUAUACAUGAUGGCUCCCUCGAAGGAGGCGCGGGACAAGUGGGUCAGGGGCCUGAAAUACGCCAUGCAGAUGGAGCAGCUGGCUGAGCAGAGGAACGAGACCAACAGAUGGGUCCGCGAAGCCUUCAACAUGGCGGACAAAAACGGUGACGGCCAUCUUGAUUUUGAAGAGGUCCUGAAACUCCUGAAGACUCUCAACACAGACAUCAAGAAAAAAUACGCGAAGGAGAUGUUUGAUGCGGCGGACACGAACAAGAACGUGGGCAAGGGUCGAUCGGUGCUGGACAAAGAGGAGUUUGUCAACUUCUACCACAGGCUGACCAAACGGGUGGAGCUGGAGGAGAUCUUCUUGGCGAUGGCGACCAACUUGUACGCCACCGAGGACGAGUGUCGGAAUAUCGUGGACAACUUUGAGCCAGAAGGAAACUGCCGGAAAAAAGACCAGUUGAGUGAAAUAGGUUUCCGCAACUAUUUGAUAGCGGAGAGACAGCAAAUCUUCAACCCGGCCAACAGAGUGGUGUGGCAGGACAUGAAUCGCCCACUGACUCAUUACUUCGUGGCUUCGUCUCACAACACUUACUUGGCGGAAGAUCAACUUAAAGGUCCAAGCAAGGUGGAAAUGUAUAUCACAGCUCUGCGCAAGGGAUGCCGAUGUGUGGAGUUGGAUUGUUGGGACGGCUCGGAAGGAGAGCCGGUGAUCUACCACGGCCACACCCUCACCUCCAAGAUAUUGUUCAAAGACGUCAUCAAAGCAGUCAAUGACUACGCCUUUGAAGCCUCGCCCUACCCCCUGACUCUGUCGUUGGAGAACCAUUGUUCCGUGGAGCAGCAGAAAGUUAUGGCGGAGAAUAUGGUGUCCAUUCUGGGCGACAAACUGUGGUGUCCACAAAAUGACUACGUUGCCACUCCCUCCCCAGAACAGCUGAGAUAUAGGAUUAUUAUAAAGGGUAAGACAUUACCUCUCUCUACUAACGAUGAUGACUUGGAUGUGAGUGAUGAAGAUGAGGCUGCUGAUCUUCCCUCCGACCCGGCAUCUCAGGAACCGAAAGAAAAGAGCAGCAGUUCAUCCAGUGACGGACACAAGAAAAUCAAACUUAGCCCAGAACUCAGCUCCAUCACCAGCAUGAAAAGUGUCAGCUUUAAGGUCGUCGAUUCUUCCUUUAUCCCAGACCCUACAUUCAGUGUGGUCUCUUUAGGAGAAAGCAAGGUGGAAAAACUGAUACAAACUAAUCCGUUUGGACUCAAUGACAUAAGCCACAGCAAAAUGAUUCGCACAUACCCUGCUGGGACCAGAACUGACUCCAGCAAUUAUAACCCAGUGCCUAUGUGGAAUCAUGGAUGCCAAGUUGUUGCUCUAAACUACCAGACAGGGGGAGAGGCGAUGCAGCUCAAUCACGGCAGGUUCAUGGAUAAUGGAGGAGUCGGAUACGUUCUUAAGCCUGCUUUUCUAAUGUCAGAGGACUUGUUUCCCCUUGUCACUGAAAAUGUCAGCCGUAGUGUGAGCAAAGUUCUCAAGAUUACAAUCAUCAGCGGCUACCAAAUACCAAAGCCGAAUGAUAGUACCAAAGGAGAAAUCAUUGAUCCAUUUGUCAAGGUUGAAAUCUAUGGUGUUCCUUCAGAUGUUGCUGAAUAUAAAACAAAAGUGAUGGAGAAUAAUGGGUUCAAUCCAAGAUGGCGAGAAACUUGUUCCUUCAAAAUCCGUGUUCCUGAGUUAGCAUUAGUGCGGUUCACAGUGACGGACCACGACAGAACUCGGGACGACUUCAUCGGUUACUACUGCUUACCAGUACUCAGCAUUCAAGAUGGUUUUAGACAUUUUCCCUUGUUUGACAAGUACGGCAACCAGUUCAGCCAAACAUUGAUAUUUACCCACGUAACACUGACCAAUGCCUGAGGUGGAUGAGGGCAUCUAGAGAUCAACUCGUGGUGCUGAUGUCAGUCACUUUCGAGGAAAAGGACCAAAUGCAUCUGUCGCAGCACACCCAACUUCUAGUAGAAAUAGGUUGUUCUUGUCAGGAGAGAAACAUAAAUAUGUGUCAGAGAUGAUAGUGAAGAUCUUUUUUUGUCCACGUCGUAUCACUUUGUGCUUCUUCAUUUCUAGUUUCUUCUCCUCAUUACGUUGUUGAUGUUUACACAACGUAUUGAAAAUUCCUUCUGAAUUUAGAGCUAUAAGAAAAAAAGUAUACUCUUUUCCAGGUACCCUACUCUUGUAUUCACAACAUCAUAUAAACAGACUCAUCAGUGCUGUAAUAUAGCAUCUAUUGAAAAAAGCUAACUGAGAAUAGCUACUGAUACUAGAGCAGUACUCUAGUAGCACUCUAAAACCCCCUUAGUGUUUGCAUCAGUAGCAGAGUUCCAUUAGUCUUCAUUUGUGUGAACCUUGGACCAGCCAGAGCAGUCAGCUUUAGGGGACAUUUUGAGAAGAUCCACGUGUUUGACUUCUCCAGGACAGCACAUGUUAGCAUAUUAUUUUAUACUAUUUUUAAAUGUCUGUGCAUAUGUGUACAUACUUACAUGAAUUCACUCACGUACAUAAUGUUUCUAUUCUAUGUGUAGAAACGCAUAUUAUUUUAAUACAUCUUCUUUUCUAUAAUAUUCUCUCCUGCUUGUGUGUCAUUGUCAAUGAAACAAAGCAGAUAUGUUUUUAGUGAAGCAAAAUGCUACCUGAAAGUGAAAUGCUUCCGACCAUGCUGACUCUUCAACUUCAAUUGUCUUUUCUUUUUUUCUCUUUUAUCUUUAAAUGAUACUCCCAUUUUUAUUUUUCUCACAUGUCAGAAUUUAAUAAAGGACCCUUGUAAAGUUAGUUUUCCAUUUUGUUAGACCAGUUAUUUUACCUGUCCUCCGUCUUGACCUUUUGCAAUAUACGUGUUAGUAUUCUUCGUAAUUAAGUACCGGAGUGGUAAAUACAUAGAGUGCAGAUUAUAUGCUGAGGUAAAAUCGUAUGUGUAAAAGAAUAGUCUUUUUCUGCUCAGGAGUGAUUUUACUACAUUUUCUUUCCUUUGCUUGAGGACCUGAGUGUACUUGUGCUUUCAAGUUUACUCUUUCAAAUAUCACAUCAUGUCAUGUUACUGCGAUUAUGAUUAUGUUCUAGCUGAUACAGUGCAUUUUGUUCCCGUUAUCCAGUACUGGUACUGUACUUCUUUGUCAGCAUUUAUCAUAAUAUUAUCUGCUUCACGUGAAAGCUUUUCCUUUUACCUACUUGCUGCAUUCAUGAACAUUGAAUUUUUCUGUUAGCUUUGUGAAUGUCUUUAGAAUGCGGAAAAAAAAAGUUCUUUACUACUUAGUAAAGCAAUUCACAGAAGCACUUUCAUUUACAAUCCAAAAGUAGGCCUACUUUUUUUAUCCUUUUUAUUUGAGCUUUUGAACACAAUAAAGUUAAUCAUAUUAAUUAUUGCGUAUCCAGCAAUCGGUAUGAUAAGCUUUGGUUUAGUAAACAAGCUGAAAGUUUGUUAAUUAAGAUAAAAGCUCUUUUUCUCAAUGGAGGAUGAACCGUUUACAUUUUCAACAAUGCUGUGCUUUGAAAUAACCUGGCGGUGCAUGAGAUAAUGACUUUUCAAUAUAGGGAUGUAGUAUAUAGUUUACUAAAUAAUGUUUAUUUAGAUCAGAACUUACAUUAGUUUAGAUUAAUACAUGCUUCUGCAGUUAAAUUCAUGUGUUUGUAUGUUUCCUUAGAUUUAGUUAGAUCACUUCAUGUAUGUUUAUUUCAGAUCAAUACAUAUGUACAUGUGUGUUUGUUUAGAUGAAAACAACUUCAUGUGUGUUUGUUCAAUUCUGCUGGCAGCUGACCAUUAUGCAGUUUGAAAAAUAACAACAUUUUUCUACUUACAUUUUAUCACAUUUUCUUUGAUCUGGUAAAUUUUUUUUCCACAUCUGAUAGUAUUAAUACUAUCUUACAUUGCUCACUGUUCAUUAAUCCUGAGCAGUGAAAUUUUUAAAUUGUUUUUUAUCAUGCACUGUGAAGAAACACCUCAUUUGAUGAGUCUACUCUUAUCUCUUUUUUCCUUUGAGCUUUAAAUAUCUCUGUGAUCCUUGUUCCCAUUGUUUGGGAUGGCCACUCACCAAAUGUCGAUAUAUUUGCCUUCUCUUGUGGAACGGAACGAGCUAGUGGUUAUUCAGAAUUAUUCUGAAAGACAAAUGAAAGUACACAUACAUGUAUUUUAAGAAAUAUUGAAGCAAAGAAAACGGAGAAGCAGCACUUCUGUAUUUGUGGGGCACUUUGCCCCGAUUGCCGCUUGUUUGUCUUGUCAUUGUUUCAUUAUGCAGUUGUCUUUACAGUGACUGGGGACCAUUCUUGGUUUUAUCUUAUGUGUUGUGAGAGGUGAAAUGGGGGGGGGGGGGGGGGGGGGGAAUCAAAGCUACAUUCCCACUUUGGGUUUGGGGUAUAUGCAAAAUUGAAGGAUGUGCAGAAUUAUGCAAGGCUUAGGCCUAUAUAUAAUAUGUUAUUUACAAAAGCAAGUCAUUUGAGAACUUGAAAGCCACUUUCCACUUUACAUGUAUUAAUGUAACUUUCUCAUCUUGAUAAUAAACAAUGAAAUUAGAACAUUAU